UAACUGAAUAUGAAGGACAUGCUCUCUCAGUACUUAAAGAAUGUGAACUCCAAGCGUUUGAUGGGGUAGUUUGUGUCGGUGGAGACGGAUCUGUCAGCGAAGUUGCUCAUGGUCUACUACUUAAAGCCCAGAUAGAUGCUGGAAAAGACACAGAUUAUAUACCAACGCCUGUCAGAGCACCGGUUCCUCUUGGAGUAAUACCAGCAGGUACUACUAAUACUUUGGCCCACACUCUCUAUGGUAUUAAGCAUGCAGUGACUGCCACGUUGCACAUUGUAAUGGGACAUAUUCAACCAGUAGAUGUCUGCACUUUCAGUACUCCAAGCAAGCUUUUGCGGUUUGGGUUCUCAGCUAUGUUUGGUUUUGGUGCAAGGACUCUAGCUUUGGCUGAAAAACACCGUUGGAUGCCCUCCAAUCAGCGGAAGGAUUUUGCUUUUAUCAAAACACUGGCAGAUCUCAAGCCAGAGGAAUGUGAAUUAUCAUUUCUACCUCUACAAAUUCCACGGGAAGACACUCAUGAGAAUGACAGAAAGAAGAAAGAGAAAAUUAAAAAAAAGGGUAGCAAGGAUCAAUGGCACAAAAUUCAGGGUCACUUCCUGAAUGUGAGCAUUAUGGCAAUCCCUUGUCUGUGUUCAAUGGCACCAAGAGGCUUGGCACCUAAUACGAG